AUGCUAGCCAAAGAAGACCACAUCUACCGUCUCAACAAUGUGCUCAACACUUUGUUCCGCUUCAACCUGCACGACUUUGACCACACCAAGCUCCGCCAUGCCGUUGAUCUCGCCAACUUUCUGUUUGACCAUGUUGGUUUUGGCCAUCAACACUUGCCGCGUCCCGACAAUGCCUUGCAGCCCAUCUAUUAUGGCCAAUUGGUCCUGCUGCUCCAAGCACCACGGCCGUCCAAACUCAAACCCAUGUGCCACAACUGCAACACAAAGCCCGCCUCACGACGCAGGCUGUGCGUUGCAUGCUAUCGUUACCAACUCAAACACGGUGAGCCACGGCCACUCCGACUGAUCGUUGCCAACAGACCCGGACCACGGCACUUGUACCACCAGUUACAAAACAAAAAGAAUUUGCCAAUGGUCUUUUAUUCGCCACCGCCUAAGCCCAUGGCCGCCCAGAAAUACUGCGCAAAUUGCGGUGUCCAGGAAACACAUCAAUGGUACCGCAACCUGUGCGGGUCCGGUCACUGGUGUGAAACCUGCAAGAGCUAUUAUCUUCGUCACACCAAAGUCCGGCCAGCAGAAUUGUUUGUCAAAGCUGCCAAACGUAAAGUCGACGUCAGAACACUAGUGAACUGGUGGUCCGAUGAACCGAUCAAUGCCCCAACAGCACCAGCACCUACCAUUAAUACAUCAAACACACCAUGCAUCAAUAAUAAUGCAGCAUCUGGCAGCCAUGGUUUCAGCAGUAGUAGUAGCAGCGGUAGCAGUACUGGCAGUAGCAGCCCAUCGUCGAUCACUAGCAGUAUUGUAUCUUCCCCAACGACACCGCCGCCCACAUCGCAAAUAUCGUCAUUGCUUUAUCGUCUACCACCUCCUUGUGCUAGCCAGCCAUUGUACAACUAA